CCGCCCCCCUCUCCCAUUUCUGGAUCUCCUCCCCUCUUCUCGGUUUCUGGCCGCCCCCCGCCUCCCUCGCGCAAGGGGGCCUCCCACGCCACCGCUCACGCGUGGGACCCGCCCCUGCCGCCUCCCCGUCGUCGCCGGAGCCCUAACCCUAGCCGCCGCGCGCCGAGGGAGCCGCUGGAUGCGCCGGAGCCUGCGAUGGCCGAGCCGCCCGCCGCCGGAGUAGAGGGCCCCGACGAGGGCGUGGAGAUCCGCGAGGUGUGGGCGGGGAAUCUGGAGGCGGAGAUGGCCGCGAUCCGCGACGAGGUCGACCGGUACCGCUUCGUGGCGAUGGACACGGAGUUCCCGGGCGUCGUGUGCCGCCCGCUCGGCAACUUCCGCACCGCCGACGAGUACAACUACGCCAACCUCCGGGCCAACGUCAACAUGCUCAAGCUCAUCCAGCUCGGCCUCACCCUCUCCGACGAGAACGGCGAGCUCCCCCGGCGGGGCACGGGCGGCCGCCCCUGCAUCUGGCAGUUCAACUUCCGCGGCUUCGACCCCCGGAGCGACCCCUCCAACGGCGAGUCCAUCCAGUUGCUCCUCAACUCCGGCAUCAACUUCGACCGAUUCGCGGCCGAGGGGGCCGACCCGAUCCGCUUCGCGGAGCUGCUCAUGUCGUCGGGCGUCGUGCUCAACUCCGACGUGCAGUGGAUUACCUUCCAUAGCGGUUACGACUUCGGUUACCUGCUCAGGCUGCUCACCGGUCAGAACCUGCCGGGCACCAUGACCGCGUUCUUUGAUCUCAUCAGAAUCUUCUUCCCGGUGGUGUACGACAUCAAGCAUCUCAUGAAGUUCUGCGGCAGCCUCCAUGGCGGUCUGAGCAAGCUUGGUGAGCUUCUUGAGAUCAAACGUGUUGGGAUCUGCCACCAGGCUGGCUCCGACUCGCUCUUGACCCUAGGGUGCUACAACAAGAUUAAGGAGGUAUACUUCAAGGGAUCGACCGAGAAGCAUGCCGGUGUGUUGUAUGGGCUUGUUAUUGAGGAUGGGGUGAACAGACCACCAACUCAACCCAAUGAAUGAUUAUGGAUAGUUAAAUAAAACAAGCUUCUGAAAUUGAAAAAAAAAAGAGAGAAACUUUCGUGAUGGAUAUAUGUUGUCUGAUCUGA